UGGAUUUCUAUGAGUGAGGGGAGGCCUAUAUUCAUCAGUGGGCUCCUUAACGCUGAAAUGAUAAUGAUGCUGAUGAAGUGUUUAUAUGUAUUUCAUAUCUCUUGUUUCUUGGAAACAGAUCCAACCAUUGAAAAUGUAACAUCUUGGAAUCCAUUUGAAUCCUCUGCUGCUCAACAAUGUCUCAAAACAGAUUAAAAGAUAAAUUUAUGUAGAACCAACGACAAUAGAUACUAGACGGAAGUGUCUCUGGAUUUAUUUAACAUGCACUUACUUUAGCAGUUGACUUGUUUGAUUGAAACAACAAAAGUUCGUUCUCAGUGACCACAGACUCCCCCUAAGAUGCCUUUGGUUUGCAUAUGAGAAAAUUCAGUCGCUGGACACGUUGCAGGUUUGAAAGCAUGACAGAGAGAUCAAAACUACUUUUUGAGGAUUUAGGGAGGCCGACUCUGCGUGGUGUGCGCAAAUGUCCAAAAUGUGGAACAUUCAACGGGACUCGAGGAGUGUCGUGUAAGAACAAGGAUUGCAGACUGAUUUUUAAAGCCAAAAAAGAAAAUUCUAGAACAGAACCAGAUGCUGUAAAGAUAAAUAGUGGAAGGAAUUUACAAAUAUAUUCUGUAAAAAUUAGUGACGGCAUCGAAGAAAUGAGAAGCUUUGUUCAUCUUCCUAUUAUAGAAGGCAUUGAAGCUUUGCAAGAUGCUGCAGAAGUUACGGUCAUCAAACGCAGUGCUGCCGUAUGUUAUGCACCAAGUUGUCGCAAGCCAAUGGAGGACAUAACUACGAUAACCUUAAAUUUAAAUCCUUGUUCUCAUACGGAACUGGUUGUCAAUUGCAACAUGGAUGCUGAACCUUUGACGCUAAAAAAAAUAGUUCUGAAAGUCAUGCCAGUGGCAGAAAGCAUCAAAGAAGAAAUAUUAUCAUUAGCUCUCAAAUCAGACGAUCAACUUGUCCAAAGAGUUUCUAAAAAUAGUAUGGUUGUUCGAUGUCAUCCCGAUGAGCAACAUCCUUUGGGGUUGUUACAUUUUUCUGUUUUUGAGCCCCUUAAGAAUUCUAGAAAAUGCAGAAUUUUGUGCGGCUGCCAAUCUGAAGUUACAAAACCAUUUAUACCAAAAGAAAAACAAAUGUGUAUGCAUUUUUACAUGUGUGUCUGUGCUUUUGCAAGUGAUGCAAAGCUCUCUGAAGAGUUUAAGCCAUUAGUUCAAAGCGUAUUUUUUCACAAAUUAACAGAUGCAACUACACUUCCAGAAGAACUUAAUGAAAUCAGUUCUGGCCUAAAAGUUUUAAAAGAUUUUCUUCCAGAAGAUAUAUUUCCUUCUCCUAAGAGAAAAAAGAAUGACUCUCAUGAUGCGAAUGUUUUACCUUUAAUGCAAGAAAAUAGUGUUGACAAGACCAUAAAAUCUAUUAAAAAAGGAUGCAAUCAGUCAACGAAAAAGCAAAAUCUAGACGAAGUAACCGCAUCUUUUACUUUUGAGCAGUGGCUUUCAAGUAUUACUGAGAAAAUCAACCAAACUAUGCAUUAUCAGUUUAAUGGCAAUCCUGAUCCAUUAAUAUUUCAAGCCCCACAAGUGUUUUUUGAGGUACUUCAGCAGAGGAUAUCAGCAGGCUCGAAGAAAAAACGUCUUCCGAAUUCUGUUGUUGCUUUCACAAGAAAAGACAGUUUGCCUUUGGGUGUAUUUUCUAAGUACACAUGGCACAUAACAAAUAUCCUUCAUUUAAAGCAAAUAUUUGACACGCCUGAAAUUUCUUUGGAAGUUACUCGCAGUUUCAUUGAAAACAGAGAUGGAACAUAUAUACCCUACGAACCAAUUCAAAAUGACAAAGUGGAACUAGCAGAGAAUUUCCGGAAAACACUCAACAACCUUUUCAUAAAACCCCUGGAAUUGAAAACAUAUCUGAAAGUUGGAACGAUGAACCAAGAUCAGAAACAACCAAUACCAUUUAUUGUUGAAUGGAUUCCUGAUAUACUUCCCAAAUCUCACAUUGGUGAACUCAGAAUUAAAUUCGAGUAUGGCCACCAGCGAAAUGGUAUGAUCGAAAACCGAGGCGAAGCUCCUAGUCCGAGAGAAUCUCAAAGUACACAAACAUGAAAACUGUGAUAAACUAUUUUAAACGUGGUGUACAACUGUAUCUAUAGAAAUUACACUAAUUUUAGACUGAUUUGUGCUAAUUAAAGCUUUUGUUAAGUGUUUAAUGAAAUCAAAGUAGAGUUCCCACAUAUUUAAAUAUAUAUACAUAUGUAUUUUAGGCAAUAAACUUUUUUUACCUCCAGAAAUUGGUUUCUGUAUUUUAAACAAAGUUAAUGUUGAUAGUCUGAUU